AUGCCUGAGUAUAUCAGAUACGUGUCAGUCUACACUGGCCCAGGUCUAUUCCAAAAGCUGAAAGAUGAAUAUAUCGAGGCCUGGGAGCGCAUGACACAGGGGAAAAACACCAAAGUGAUUCGUGACGAAGACAUUCGCACCGAGGACUCUAUCCUUCAGCUGCACUCUCAUCUCUUGUUCAGUGUAUCUGUGGACAGCCAGGACGCUCCUCGCUCUGAAAUCAUCGAUUCUGCCACAAACAUGAUUGCAUCCUGCCUCCAUCCCGAGACCCGUGAUAGCGGGGAUUCUUUUGAAAGCGUAAAUCACCCUCUAUUUGACGAAGACGGUCGUGUGAUAGAUGGACUUCUGCCAUCCGAAUGGUGUCCCACCGACGUCGACCGACAGUUUCUGGCCUACCCCAGGAUCUGUGCGGAGGAUGCGGAGUCCAAGCGCGUUCGACGGGAGCGCCUGAAGGCUUUCGGAACUGCUCAGGUCACUUACCGGAGAGACUCCUUGGGAAAUACUACCUCGCAGGUAGUGGACGGUGCGGUGUUCAAGAACUCGGAUCCCAACACCCCCUGCAGGGACAACCAGCAAUUUGUGGAUGGUGUAUUCACUAUCAAUUUAUAA